AUGGUGAUGGACCGAUUCCACAAGGCUAACCCUCCAUCGUUUGAAGGUCACUAUAAUCCUGAUGGAGCUCAAAAGUGGUUGCAAGAAGUUGAGAAAAUUUUCAGAGGAGUGGCAUGCCCCGAAGGUCAGAAACUGCAUCUUGGUACCUUUAUGUUGACGGAGGAAGCUGAACAUUGGUGGGAUAAUGCACGCCAACGUUUAGAUAAUGCAGGGAGUGCAAUUACUUGGGCUAUAUUCAAGGACAUGUUUCUAAUUAAGUAUUUCCCUGAAGAUAUUCGUAAUAGAAAGGAGAUGGAAUUUGUUAAAUUGGAACAAGGGAAUAUGUCAGUAGCAGAGUAUGCUGCUAAGUUCGAGGAAUUAUCCAGGUACUAUCCACUCUAUGUUGGAGAGGCAGGAGAAAAGUCGAAAUGCAUCAAGUUUGAAAUGGGACUCAGGUCAGAGAUCAAGAAACUGGUUGGAAUGCAAGAGAUUCGUGACUUUCCUACCCUAGUGAAUAAGAGUAGGAUUUAUGAUGAGGAUAGUCGUGCUGAAAAGGCACAUUACUGA